AGCUUAGGUUCAAUUUUUUUUUUUUUGGUGGAAUAAUUCAUUAGUUGUUUUGUUGACUAGACAUUUUUAUUGCUGGAGCCUGGAGAUAGUUGUCUUUAAUUAAACCAGAUAGCAGAUUGGCAAAAGGCACAACCAUUCUGCAAUUUUUACUUCACAUACAUCACUUGCUGUUAAUCAUUUUUCAUUGUGAUCCAGUUUCUAAUACAUACAAUGGCUGAAGCACUCAUCUUGAUGCUUCUAGAGAAAUUGGCUUCUGUAACUUUUCAACUCACAGAAAAAAAGAGCAGAAGCAAGUCAAGGAUGCAAGCGUGAGGAAUUGGUUGGAUAAGCUCAAGGAAGUGUCCUUUAAGAUGGAUGACGUGCUGGAUGAGUGGAACACUAAAAUUCUGAGACAGAGUUGAGAAUCAAGAAACAAACAAUGAAACUGCUCUUGUUACCAAGAAGAAGAAGAAGGUAUGGUUCUCUAUACCCUCUCAUUGCUUUUGUUUGGUCAAGUCAGUAGGGUAAUUCUUCGUCGUGAUAUUGCACUCAUCAUAAAAGAUCUGAAUGAUAAGCUAACUGUCAUUGCUAAUCAAAGGCAAGCAUAUAACUUGCAAUCCAUAGAAAGAAGCGCGGAACAACCUGAGCGAAACAAGAGUUCAUCUUUUGUUGAUAUAUCCAAAGUUUUUGGUCGUGACAAUGAAAAAGAUAUUUUGAUAAGCAGAUUGUUGAGUGAGAAUAGUCAAGAAGAGAGGGCGCUCCUUGUCAUCCCUAUCAUAGGCAUGGGAGGAGUUGGUAAGACAACUCUUACCCAACGAGUGUAUGAUGAUGAAAAUGUUAAAUCCCAUUUUGAGAUGAGAAUAUGGGUUUGUGUCUCAGACCCUUUUGAUGAGAUCAAGAUUGCCAAAGCCAUUACUGAUGGUAAUGGUGUUUCAAAUUCAGAUGAGUUAGAAGCUGUCUUGCAAUGCAUGUCUAAAUCCAUUGAGGGGAAAAAGUUUCUCCUUGUCCUAGAUGAUGUAUGGACCCAAAAUCAUACAAAGUGGGAACAAUUAGAGUUACCUUUAAUGCAGAAUUGUGGUCAAGGUAGUAGAAUAAUUGUGACCACAAGAAAAGAGGAGGUCGCUAUUAUAAUGGGAGCAACCCCUCACAUGAUGCACUUGAAGCAGUUGAGUAUGCAAAAUUGCUUGUCAUUGUUCAAUCACAUUGCGUUUCUUGAUAGGAAAGAGGAUGUGUCUACUGUCUUCCGAGCUAUUGGUGAGGGAAUUGUGAAAAAAUGUAAGGGUUUGCCACUUGCUUCAAAGACUUUGGCGAGUCUCAUGCGCUAUAAGAAGACGAUGAAAGAAUGGCAAGAUGUUUUGGACAGUAAGAUUUGGGAUAUAGAAGGGUUUGAACAACAAGUUUUUCAACCACUAUUUCUCAGUUAUCAUGAUUUGGCCCCUGCUGUCAGACGUUGUCUGUUAUACUGUGCUACAUUUCCAAAAGAUUAUGUGUUUGAUAAAAAUAUCUUGAUUGAGCUCUGGAUGUCACAAGACUAUCUUCAUUCAAGAGGGAACCAUGAAAAAGAAGUCAUUGGUCAGAUCUUUUUUGAUAACUUAGUAAUGCGCUCUUUCUUCCAAGAUCUUGUGGAUGAUGAAUUUGACAAGCUUACUAUGCGUUGCAAAAUGCAUGAUAUUGUUCAUGACUUUGUGCAGUCCCUCACUGAGAAAGAGUGUGUCAUUAUGGAGUUAUCUGGUGCUAGCAACAAAACAGAGCCACUAGUGAGUAAUAAGUUGCGCCAUUUCACCUUAAUGUCUGCACCUGAGUUCCCAUCUUCUAUGUCAUCUCAGAAUUACAAGAAUCUGCGUACUCUCACAACUUUUAAUUGCAAAAUUUCUGCCGUAGACUUGAAGUUAAUUUCAGAAUUGAGAUGUCUAAGAACAUUAAAUUUGAGUCACAAUGGCCUCCAAGAGCUUCCACAGAACAUUGGUGAUUUGAUACAUUUGAGGUAUCUUGACUUGUCUUUUAAUCGUUCUUUGAAGAAAUUACCCACCACUUUAGGUAAUUUAUUCAAUCUGCAAACCUUGCGCCUUCUGCGCUGCAGGGCACUUAAAGAACUCCCUAAGAGCAUGGGAAAGCUGAUUAGCCUCAGACAUCUUUACAUUCAGUUUUGUGAUCAGCUGAAGUACCUGCCAAAAGGGAUUUGCAGAUUAACAAGCUUGCAAACACUAGACAUGUGCCCUGUUUAUGGCAGUGAAGAUGAUGAAGCAUUCAAGUUGGGGGAUUUGGGAAGCUUGGACCAGCUUCAGGGUGCUCUCACCAUAAAAGUUUUGGGGGAUUGGAAGGAUGCAAAUGAGGCUGAGAAUGCCCGUAUGUGGAAUAAAAACAACUUUUUUAUUUGGGAGUUGAUGCUUGCAAUGAGGACAACAUGAGAAGAAAAAGCAAUGUGAAGAUUUUGAAUCUCUUACAACCACAUCAAGAUUUAAAUUCUAUAGAGAUUUCUGUGUAUGAUGGCACCACCUGGCCUAAAUGGAUGAUGUCUUUGUACAAUUUGAGAGUACUUAGUCUUGAUUCUUGUAUGUGUGAGUUUUUGCCUCCUCUUGGGAAAUUACCAUUCCUUGAGAAGCUGUCAGUGAGCUAUAUGAGAAGACUGAAAAGGGUUGGAGUUGAAUUUCUGGGGAUAGAAGAAGCUCAAACAUCAAGAAAAUCAUCCAAACGUACUGUUUUGUUCCCAAAAUUAAAACAACUUCUGUUUUGGCGAUUGUGGUGGUUGGAAGAGUGGAACGGUGGAAAGAAGAAGAUUCUGACAUUACAAUAAUGCCAUGCCUUUCUAGCUUAAGAAUUAUGGACUGCAAAAGCCUCAAAUUGCUGCCAGACUUCUUUUAAGAUCACAACUGCAGAGUCUUGAAAUCAUUGGAUGUUGGACUCUUGCCAAAUGUUGUGAAGAAAGCAGAGGAAGGGAGUGGCCCAAGAUUUCUCAUAUCCCAAACAUCAAAGUUGAAUAGUGGGGGAAUAUGUAAGUGGUGGCAAUAUCGGUCUUCUAUAAUCUUCCGCCAACACAUAUUCUUCUAGUGAAAGGAUUUACCUCCAGCUAGAGAAAAGAUUCAAUCUCAACCGACACACACUGUGCUGCAGGAUUGUCAAGUAUUGAUAGACAAUCAAGAAACUUGACUUUCCUUUUCCUAUCCUUUUCACCUGAUUGGUGAGGCUCGUACCGAGAAGAGACUGAGAAGAGUGAUGUAUCCAGCCUCGUUAGAAGACUUCACUUUCAAGUUUCCAAUAUAAAGUCAUCCGAAGACCAUACGAGGUCAUUGUUUUGAUUUGGUAUAUAUACACAAACAGACACAAACACUUCAGUUUCUGGUAAACUUCCUUGGAUAAAUGAUUGCAGGAAUCCAAAAUUCUUGAUCCAGACCUUCUGAAAACAUUGAUUUUAGUACAAUAGUAGAGGCAGUAGUUGCAUUAUUACCUGGAGAACGAUUUCCGGGGGUCAUUCUGCCUCUUGGCAUAGGUCAGUAAGAGUUGAGAAGUAGCUUAAUUAGGGUAGGCAAUACAAAUUUCCUCUCAUGCAGUACUGUCUACAGUAAUUGCAAGCCUUACAUUCUCAAACAAGCAUUAUUUGCUGAUGAACUUUAAUUACCAUUGAGUAAUGGAUAGGUUUGAUACCUAAAAGAGAUGCCCUUCAUGAUCCACAUAUUUCAUACUUGUUCUACAUGAUAUUAAAAAAAAUUAUUUGGCAAACAAUGAUUCACCAAUAACCAAUGUAAUGAUUUCAUCAACCUGUCAACAGGCUGAUGCAUGACCGUGAUCCUAUAUUAAAUUAUAUACCCAAGAUGAGAAGGUCAUCGCAAAAUCUAUUAUACAAGGCAAAGAAUACAAGAAGUAGAGUUAUUUCAAAGGGUAUAUCAGCUGGGAAUUCAAGGAACUGUUAUCGGGGGCUUGUUCAGGUUUUUUCACAGGCAGAGAAUGCUCGAAAUUCCUCCCAAUGUGAUUCAAUGCUUAUUGGAGAUAAUGCAGCUUCCAACACCUACCCAUACAUUGAGAUAAUUGUCUUUGAUCUUGUCUCUUUUAUUUAUGGCAUUAAUUUUGAUCUUGUCUCUUUUAUUUAUAACGGUCAAGAAUCCCACAGCUCGCACUGAACACGAAGCCAGUACCUCCAAAAUUGGUGAAGACCAGCUAUUUUACUUUCAGCAAAGGGGAAUAGACUAUGAGAAAGCCAUGGCUGCCAUGAUAUCUGGUUUUUGCCAGGCAGUAUUCAAUGAGCUUCCUGAUGAGUUUGGGUCUGAGGUGAAUCAACUGAUUGGCUUGAAGCUUGAAGGAACAGUGGGGUAGAUAAUUGUAACAGGACAUAUAAGGUGAAUCAACUGAUUGGCUUGAAGCUCGAAGGAACAGUGGGGUAGAUAAUUGUAACAGGAUGAGUCGAGGAAAUCCAAUCUUUUUGUCAACGGGUGUUAAAUCCGAGCAGUCUGCAAGAGACCUUGUACGUUAUAAGAUGGCUAAAAUAUGCAUAAGCAUGUACGUAAAUAUUUGAUGUAAAUGUGUAUGAUCUGUUGCCAGAUUGCCCACAAUAACUGAGAUAGAAGCACUAAUAACGUGCACAAAACUUGUGGCAUUAAUGUGCUGGUUAUGAAUUACUUUUUAAGCUCAAGAAUGUGUAUUAAGUUGACCAUUUUACAGUUCUGUGUUGUUAUUACUUUUAGAUUGGUAUAGAAAAGCAGAGUACUUCAGGUUCUUUGGAUCAGUCUGGAGUCCGGAAUGGACAGAACUACAGUUUUGGUG